AUGUUGGCAGAAAUGGAGACGAUGGCUUAUGUGACUGAAAUCAGGCUGAGUGGAGGUCGCGGAACCUGGAGCGGAGUGGUUCCCUCCACCUGCCCAGAGGUGGACCUUGAGGUCAUCGAGGAGUACCUGCAGGAGCAUUCGCUGGAGGUUCAGCCUGCACACACACCUGCCUCACCUCCAGCCACAAUGGCACAGCAACCGCACACACCCCCCCACCAGCCUACUAGCAUCAUAGAGAAUACCUUUUUAGGUCAGCAUCCUUAUAGGUGGCACUGGAGUCCUCACACUCCAAAUGAGGAAUAUGAAGAGCAAGCCCCACGAACCUGGCCUAGUCCCCCUGACAACCAGUGGGACCACAUUGCAUAUCCCUAUGAGGCACCUGCGUGUAUUGACUCAGACUCCCAGUCCAGCAGCUCCCAGUACCAGGAAUACCAUGAUUCCCCAUCUCCAUCCUCUGAUAGGGGAGGCAGAAAUAACAGGGACUCCUUGCCUCUUGCCCCACUCUCAGGCAAGAGAAAGGAGCGGUUGUUCCAGUUCCUGUUCGAGAUGCUUCAGACGCCAUCAAUGCGAAGCUGCAUCUGGUGGGUGCAAUCAUCUUCUGGCACAUUCCAAUUUUCCUCCCAAAACAAGGAGCGCCUGGCACAGAUGUGGGGCCGCCGAAAGGGUAAUCGCAAGACCAUGACCUACCAGAAGAUGGCACGGGCACUGAGGAAUUACUCCCGCACCGGCGAGAUUCAGAAGGUGAAGAGGAAACUCACUUACCGGUUUGACGAGAAGACAUUGAGAGGCCUACAAGGAGACUCUAAUACAGUGUAG